AUGUCUGGGCCGGCGCCUCCAACGCGACCUGGCUUACCAUGGCGUCUUGCCUCAGUGGCCGUUAUGAGUACCGUGGGAGCCGCAUCGCGCGGCUUCCUGUACGGGCUUAACAAUAUCGAGACGACUGGCCUGGACAAGUUCCUUGAGCUCCUGGACCAGAGAAAGGCUGUUGACAUACGGCCACGCGGCCUCUUGACUGUAUGCAAUCAUGUUGGCGUUCUCGACGAUCCGAUCAUAUGGGGUGUUCUCCCUUUUCGCUACUCUUUAGACCCAGAGAAUCUCCGCUGGAGCCUUGGCGCCCAUGACAUCUGCUUCAAGAACAAGUACUGCCCCCCUAAAAUGGGACCAAUGGCCCGUAAAAUGCUCACGCGCAACCUUCCCUAG